AUGUUCACAACUGCAUCUCAGUUUGAACCUAUCACACUCGAAGAUCGAAUCAGAAUUACUUUUGAGAUUGCCAAUAUUUUGCAGAAACAAGAAUUUCUGCGUAAAUUAGCCAAAUCUUUGAUGAUGUAUGGGUGCCCAGCUCAUCGAUUAGAGUACAUUAUGCGUCAGGUAUCAACUACCCUAGGUGUUGAGGCCGAGUAUGUCUAUAUACCCAAUGUGAUGUUUGUCACAUUUUUUGAUCAGUCAACCCACACCACCGAGACACAUUUUAUUCGACAAUCCCAAGUGUUUGAUAUGCACAAACUAGGCGAAGUCUAUCGAUUGGAAAAACUACUUUCUCAUGGCGAAGUCUCAGUAGAUGAAGCCUUGGAAUUUAUUGACCAAGUUACCAACCAGCCACUAUUUUAUCCUGUCUGGCUGAAUCCGUUUGUCUAUGCACUUGCCAGCUUCUGUGGUGCAAUUAUGUUUUAUGGAGGUAGAUGGAAAGAAGCGGGCUUGUCGGCUGCCCUAGCAAUGUUCUUUGCUAUCUACGAACUCUAUUCAGGAAGAUUUAUGAGCUUCCAGCCAAUCUGGGAAAUCACCGUGUGUAUAUUUAUUGGUUUCGUUUCCAGAUCUGUUUGGAAAUUCGAUUUUUGCUUUACACCUGUGGCUUUUUCCUCCUUUAUUAUCAUUCUUCCUGGAUAUUCGAUGGCUGUAGCUAUUAUCGAGCUGGUUUCACGACAGCUAGUGAGCGGUGUAGUGAGGAUGGUGUAUGCAAUCCUGUAUUCUUUUCUUUUAGGAUAUGGUGUUGAGAUGGGAUCUCAGCUGUACGGAACAAUUGAGCCUGAAUCCAUCAGUGCACAGGGGCAAUCUUCCGAGUGCCAGCAUGCCCUAUCUGCCGGUACUUGCAUUACAGUCGAGAAUCAAUGGUUUUACUUCUUGACAGUUCCAUUAUUUGCCCUUGCUUACUGUAUCUAUCUCCGCGCACGGCCUUCACGCUGGCCGACAAUGGUAUUUGUUUCGGUGUGCGGGUUUGUGGUUAAUUGGGCACUCUCUUGCCAUGCCAACGCCCCACAGCAAGUUUUGCAAGUUGUUCCGUCCUUUGCAGUUGGCUUGAUUGGAAAUCUCCUGACAAAGUUCACAGGGAAAAUGUCGUUUGAUGCUGUCCUAUUGGCCAUUUUUUAUUUGGUACCUGGAAGCUUAGGUCUCAAGGCUGCUCUUGGCUUGUUUGGAACGAGUGCAAGCAACGAAUAUUCUAAUCAAGGUGCCGGAUUCGCACUCAGUAUGAUUGAAUCGGCUAUCGGCAUCACAGUCGGACUCUUUGUGGCCACUUUGGUUGUCUAUCCAAGAGGAUCCACACACACACCUCUCAUGAACUUCUAAGAAAACAGGCCAAUUCAUGAAAACACUCGCGUAUCUUCCAAUCUGCAUAAUCUCAAUUUUGCCUUUUAUUAUUUUGUACGGCAAAUGAUAUUUAGAGAGCGAGAGAGAAUAUCAUCACGAAAAUUCCCUUGUAAAUAAUCCCAUUUUUAUUUUAUUUUAUUUUAUUUUAUUUUAUUUUUUGCUUGUAAUCGACUAGGUCCUUUGAGGCUUAGAUAUUCCCAAUUUUUUAUAUUAUAAUUGUUACAACUACCAUACAUUACUAUUAUUGAUAAUAUUACUAUUCCAUAUUUACAUAAUCAC